AUGGCAGUUCCCCCUGCUGAGGCCUGUGGUUGCUGUGGCAACCCCACAGGAGCAUGGGACUGGGAAGGCGAUAAUAAGAGCCCCUCUGUUGCAAUUAAAAGCAGACAACAGGCUACUCAUGAUAUUAAUAAACGACGGACCCUUUUGCAAGAUAACAGCUGGAUAAAGAAGAGGCCUGAAGAGGAAAGUGCUGAUGAAAACUAUGGAAGGGCUGUGCUUAAUCAGUACAAAUCCCAAGACAGCCUACACAGCAGUAGCACAAAUGAAAAGGAAGAUCAGAAAGCUGUACUUGGACGAUACAGGUCUGAUACUACCUUGGACAGGCAAUCUUGGAUGCCUCCCUCGGUUUCGAGUAGUAAGACCACAACAGAAACUGUGGAAACUAAACAGACCACUUCAGAAAAUUCAGAGGCUCCAAAGAUGGCUGCCUUUUCAUCAGAUCAGGUGACCCCUCAGAAAUCAAAGACUGAUGUGGAUGAUCAAGCUACAGCAAGGAACCAAGAUCUCGAUAACCUCAUCAAAGUAAAUCCAAGUUCUUUCACAAGUGAUAAGGAGAUAACUGAGCAAGCAUACGCAAAUCCUUCAAGGGCUCCAAAUAAUCUCCCAGAAACAAACUACUCCAGUGAAAGAAAGACCAGCAAAUCAUCAUAUGAUGCCUAUGAAGAAAAUAUAACUGGAAAUACUAUCAAAACUGUUUACUCUACUUCUGAUCGGAGUAUAAUUGGAAAAGAUAUAUGUACAUACUGCAGGAAGCCCUUGGGUAUAGAUGCCAAAAUGAUCUUAGAUGCCUUGCAAAUUUGCUGUCACUCGACUUGCUUCAAGUGUGAAGUAUGUAAAAGACCACUGGAAGAUCUGAAAGCAGGAGACAGCAUCUGGAUUUACAGACAAACUGUGCAUUGUGAGCCUUGCUAUUCCAAAGUUAAAGGAAACCUGAGACAGCGACGCGGCACCGUGGAGGCAGUGGUGGCUGUUACGGCUACUACUCUGCCCGAAGCUGAUGCUCAAGAAUUGGGUAGCGACCGACUGACAGCUAUUAUUAGCAGGGGCUGA